AUGAAGUUUGGCAAAAAUCUAGAACACCUCUCGAUAGCAGAAUGGAAAGUGUACAACCUCGACUAUAACGACUUGAAGGCAACCAUUCGUGAUGUCACUCGCGACAAGAACCUGGACUUGUCUACGCUAUAUCGCAAGUUCUCUGACAAUUUUGAUUAUUUGAAUUUGUUCGUGUGCACCAAGCUGGGCGAGUUGAGUCGCAAAUUGAAGGUGUCACUGGCCGAGUUUCUGUUUAUCCAGAACAAUGAAAGCGACUCGCCUGCUGCAAAACUUGCAAGGCUCAGCCUGCUCCAUUACCUGAUGAUCAACGAGAUAUCCACCGACUUACGCAAACUCACAAAAUUCAUUCUUGUGCAGAAAAUCGCCUUGAAAAAAAUCUUCAAGAAGUUGGCCAAACACUAUCCGGACCCGAAGAAAAGCAAGGCAUUUAUCUCGUCUUUAUCUACCAUGCUUCACUCCAACCCGUCGUCAUUCGUUAAUUUUGACUUGAGUUUUCUCACCACCAAGUUGCUGCUGCUUCUAGAGGAACUUGAUCGUGAGCUGAAAAUGUUGCAUGAUUUGCUUCAUCGAAAAUUUGUCUACCAUCCACUGCCACAUGGUAACUUGCGCAAGAAUCACUCGGUUGCUACCUUAAAAACCACCACUAGCUUGGCGUCGGCCACAUCUUCUCCUGAAAAUGUCCACAUCGAUGCUCACGUUGAUAACUCCAUCGACCAGGCUGCCAAAUUCGAUCUCAUCACCAACCUUAAGAAAAACUUUGUGUUACUGGCUCUUAUGCCCAAAGAUAUCAUCUCGAGAAACGAUUUGAGUCUCAGUAUGGAUGUGUACCUCAAUAUCCCCAAAUUGGGCGACUCUAGCCGCAUCAGCAUCAUUUUUCUUUCGGAAGACGUCAACGAUGAAACUCCGUCGUACGUGGUAUCGUACGAAAACCUGUCCGUGUCGAUCGUGGUGGCACAUACGGGAGGUUUGCGCAAGUACUCGUACUGUUGCCUUCCCAACUCAAUCAUCGAAACCAUUCUUCACAUUUGUAAAACUGACAACCAGGCACUUAAGCAGGAGCUAGAGGCUCUGCUUUUUGACCUGCUCAGCAGUACGCAUCUUCCGCCCAUGGCAAAAAUUACAAUCAAUGCCUUACUUGGGAACAAGCACUCUCCUUCAUUGAAAUUGAUUUGUGACCGGACUCGAUACUUCAUCAAUAAGGAUCUGACUCAGCUCAAUGAUGGCGAUGGUUCUGAUGAAGAGGUAAGAUCUUCUCCACUAGAUAGCCUCAUGGGCUCAGACACGAAGGCCACAUCUACGGUUGAUACGAAAAUCUACGAAGACAGCUACUAUAUGACGUUUGACGAGAAUAUCUACACCACUAACUCGAUCCCCAACAAGAUCUCUUUUGGAACAGACGACAUGGAUGCAUUUCCGUUUAGUAUGUUCAACAUUCACACGAACGACUCCAACUUGCAUAACUUUGAAGCCACAUUAUCCACUGAAGUUGAUGGAAAUACCGUGGUAUCCAAGUACAAAGAAAUCACCUUGAGGAAGAUGCCUGUGAAAAUCCAGAAUUUUCUCCGAAGUGCUUCAGUCCAGUUGUACAAAAAUCUCAGCAUUUACGACUACAUGCGGUCUUGCUACCUCAAUUUCAUUCCAAGCGAGCAGAACAAUCAUUACUCCAUUUUGUUAAGCAUCAACUUGCUCAAGAUUCUCGAAAAUGUGGAUAUCGUCAAUACGCAAACCACCGUUGAUGAGAAUAUCCUCCAAUACAAGUCCAGAAACAUUCUCAGGCGUCAAAUGUCGUGCAAGUCCUUGCAAGAUCUAAGUCUCGGUAGAACGCCUCCACUGGUGGAGCCCGAGCAGCAGAGUAUUUUUGAGGCGGAGUCUGUAUUCAGCGAGCAACUGAUGGCCAAAGACACCAAGACCUCGGAAAUGCACCGACCGAUUGAAGUCCUGACAGGCUACCACCAGAAGUUCAAUGACUUGGAGAACCUUGAUGAAGAAGAUGAUGAGGAAGACAGUUAUUUUGUUUAUCUCACAUUCAACAACGAUCUAGAUGACAAUUUGUUGAAUAACAUUCUUCUUUCCUUCAUUAAAUUCAAGCAUCGUAUCAGAAGAGCUCUCCGUGCAUUCAACCUUCACAGCAACAGACCUGAAGCAUGGAAAAUGCACAAGGAGAAAGUUUUGCGUGACCGCGACACUCUGAUUAAUUACGACUCCAUUAAUGAGGACCCCACGUUCUUUAACACCGCCAAUGACUACCAGAUCCAGCUUGUGUACGAUUACGACCACGUUCUCUCGGUGAUGUAUUUUGCCAUGAGUUUCAGCGGUUUGUUUAUCGCUGGAAUCAAUCUUGGUAUCGUUUAUGGCCUUCUCAAGCUCCAGCAGGAAAAUCUGGACUUCAAUAUGGUCAACAAUCCGUGGGUGGACAUUCUUUUAGUGUUUGGGUACUUGUUUUCGUUGAUGUUCAGCAUGACCAGCAUCAACCUUAACUUCCAGCGAUUCCGUAGUAGUCCCCUUGUGCAUUCCGCCAUCAUUUGGGCCUGUUUCUUCAUGGUCAUAGCGACGGUUCUCUGGACCAUCAUCGUUAUCACUUAA